AUGUCGACCAUUUCAGUCGUGGUAAAACACCAGGGCAAAAAACACGAUGUCGAGGUCGACCCCAACUCCACAGGCGAGGACUUCAAGCUCCAGAUGUUCAGCUUAACCAAUGUGGAACCUGAGCGUCAAAAGAUCUUGAUCAAGGGUGGCCAGCUCAAGGAUGAUGCCGACAUGAGCAAGCUCGGCCUGAAGCCUGGCCAGGUCAUCAUGAUGAUGGGCACUCCAAGUGCAGGAGGUGGCGACCUUGUCCGACCAAAGGAGGCCAUCAAGUUUGUCGAGGACAUGACCGAGGCCGAGCAAGCCCAGCAAGUUGGUGCGACCCCCGCUGGUCUCAUCAACCUCGGAAACACAUGCUAUCUUAAUUCAACCCUUCAGACUCUUCGCUUGAUCCCCGAACUUCAAGAUGCUCUAGUCAAGUACAGUCCCAGUAGUGGCAGCAGCAGCAGCUUCGCCAUGACAGGCCCCAACAUGGACCUUGCGUCUCAACUUUCCAACCUCUACAAGAAGAUGGGAGAAACACAAGAUUCUUUUCCUCCCAUGAACUUCCUGGGCGCUCUACGAGCCGUGUUCCCUCAAUUCGCGGAAAAGUCCAAGACAGGACAAGGAUAUGCCCAGCAGGAUGCAGAGGAGGCUUGGUCACAGAUUGUGCAGCAACUUAACCAGAAGCUCCGAAUCACGGGUGGCGAAAGCACGUCCGAGUCAUCCUUUGUGGAAAAGUACAUGUCCGGUGAAUUCUCUUCGGUAAUGGAGUGCGAUGAGGAAGAAGCUCGUAGCGGGGGCGAACAGCCCAUCAUUAACAAAGAGGGCUUCGCCAAGCUCAACUGCCACAUCGACAGCUCUACGAACCAUCUGCGAGACGGUAUUCUUGCCGCACUGAAGGAAAAGAUUGAGAAAAAGUCAGACGUUCUAGGCCGCGAUGCCAUCUACACCAAGACUUCCAAGAUUUCCCGUGCUCCUAAAUACUUGACUGUGCACUUUGUGCGCUUCUUCUGGAAGCGCGAGACGCAGAAAAAGGCUAAGAUUAUGCGAAAGGUCACUUUCCCAAAGGAGCUCGAUAUUGUGGAGUUCUGUUCUGAUGAGCUGAAGAACGCUCUCAUUCCUGUGCGCGACAAGGUUCGCGAGAUUCGCAAGGACGAGGAGGAUAUUGAGCGUGCUCGCAAGCGACGUAAGAAGACGCACGACCAAGACGUUGGCGAUAUUCCCGGCGGUGCUGGUCUCCCUACCGAGAAGGAGAAGAAGGAAGCUGAGAAGAAGGAGGACGCCAAGAAAUCAGCGGAUGGAGACACCGUCAUGGGUGAGGAGGGCGAGACGUACAAAACGGAUGCCGAUAUCGAGGCUGAGAGAAACGCUUCUAUUAUCGAGGCCAAGAAGGAGCUAAAUGCACUUAUCAACCCCGACCUACGCAACGACGAUGGCGCAAACCAGUCUGGUCUUUACGAACUCAGAGGUGUUGUAACACAUCAAGGUGCUAGCGCAGACAGCGGGCACUACACUUCUUACGUCAAGAAGUCUGCCCCUGUUGACCCCAAGACUGGCAAGAAGGGUGAGGAGGAUGGCAAAUGGUGGUGGUUCAACGAUGACAAGGUGACAGAAGUGGAAGCCGAGAAGAUUGACACUCUUGCCGGCGGCGGUGAGUCUCACUCGGCUCUAAUUCUCCUUUACCGCGCCAUCCCUUUGCCCUCUGCCGAGGGUGUUGUGGAGUAG